AUGGCUCAUAUCCUGAACCGUGGUAAGUAUUUGUAUGCGAGAACAACGACAACGGCUGAAGAAAUUACGUUAUUAUCAAAAGAUUUUUUUGCGGCAACAAACGGUUACGAAGAUUAUUUGUACGUAAUUGCUAACCUGGACAAGAAACAAGAGAAGAAUUAUCAGCUAGCAUUAUAUGUUGCAGAGCAUGGUAUCCAAUACCAUUGGCCUCAAGGCAGCUUCCAUGAAAAUUAUAUACAAAGAGCUCUGUCCAAAUGUAUAUCUUCAAAUUUAUCUGGUCAGUGCAAAACGGAUGGAAUAUGUCAAACAAACUUGUUGCGCGCCGAUAAGCGAUGGCACGCAUUACGAUCGAUGGAACAAAGUACAUAUUGCUACUCUUCCAAAGCAAGCUAUCCUGAUCGAGACUGCAUCAAUCGUGGAUCAAUAUCUGCUCGAGUCAUGCCAAUUGUUAAAUGUUUACCACGAAAGCAUAUUACAUGGAACAUUAUCUCAAACGAAAUUCAUAGUCAAAAUCAAAUUGAAGUAACUGAUGAUGACGAUAUCUUUGUCGAUGGAACUGCAGCCAAGCCGACCACACCACGUUAUACAGUACCUUUUUCGAAAACAAUAUUGCGUCUUAUCGUCUUGUCGAGAUUUUCGUUAGAGUUCUUGAUGGACCUCAAGCCGUUGAUGCGAAAUUCUAAUGCACAAUUAGCGCUAGAGAAUCUAUUACGUAUGACACUCUCGUUUGAUAGCAUCAAUGCCAUAGACACCGACAGUGCUCGAUUAACCACUACAGUCAAAUAG